AUGCAGCAAGUUGCCGGUCUUCCUUGUGAGGUAACCUCCCUUAUUAAAUACUGGUACCAUACUCAGAAGAACAGCGUGAGAUGGGCCGGUGUGUGUUCGGAGGAGUACAGGUUGGAGUGCGGCGUGAGACAGGGGGGGAUUUCGUCUCCUCGGCUAUUCAACCUGUACAUCAACGGACUGAUUGAGGAGCUGAGCAACGCCAGUGUCGGAUGCUCGGUUGACGGUGUUUUUAUGAACAACUUCAGCUAUGCAGACGACAUGGUGUUGCUGGCGCCAUCUCUGGGUGCUUUGCAAACCCUAAUCGGUGUCUGUGAGAGAUACGCAGGAACCCAUGGACUCAAAUAUAACGCCAAGAAAAGCGAAUUCUUACUUUUCAAAGCGGGUGCUAAAACGUAUGAGGUCCUGCCACCGAUUACUCUAUGUGGCACAAACCUGAACAGAGUCAGGCACUUCAAAUAUCUGGGUCACUGGGUCACUGAUGAUCUCUGUGAUAACAUGGACAUCGAGAGGGAGAGACGGGCGCUGUCCGUCCGCUGCAAUAUGUUGGCACGUAGGUUUGCAGGGUGCACUAAGGAAGUCAAAAUAACUCUAUUCAGGGCAUACUGCCAGUGCUUCUACACAUGCAACCUAUGGGUCAAUUUUACGCAGAGGACGUACAGCGCUCUUCGAGUGCAAUAUAAUGAUGCCUUCAGGAUGUUGCUCGGUUUUCGAAGGAGGUGUAGUGCGUCGGGCAUGUUUGCGGAGGCAAGUGUUGAUGGCUUCCAUGCGAUUAUAAGGAAACGCUGUGCCUCCUUGCUCGAUAGGCUGCUGGGGAGUCCGAGCAGCAUCCUGAGGGUAUUUGCCGGGAGGUGGGACUCACCGAUGAUGCGUAGAUGGAUCGGUCUGCACUCCAGCUUUGUAAAUUAUGAUAGUUAG